AUGCAGCCAGUGCUCUCGGGCUUCUUCAUGCUUCUCUUUGUCCUGCUGUGCCUCCUGGGAAUCCUGGCCAACGGCUUCAUUGUGCUUGUGCUGAGCAGGGAAAGGAUGCGGCGUGGGAGGCUGCUCCCCUCUGACAUGAUCCUCCUCAGCUUGGGCGCCUCCCGCUUCUUCCUGCAGUGGGUCGGCAUGGCGAACAGCUUCUACUACUUCCUCCACCUGGCCGACUACAGCACGGGUCCCGCGCGGCAGUUCUUCGGUCUCCACUGGGACUUCCUGAACACAGCCACCUUCUGGUUCAGCUCCUGGCUCAGUGUCCUCUUCUGCAUGAAGAUCGCCAACUUCACCCACCCCACCUUCCUCUGGCUCAAGUGGAGGUUCCCAGGGUCAGUGCCCUGGCUCCUCAUGGCUUCUCUUCUGAUCUCCUUCAUCGUCACCCUGCUCUUCUUUUGGGGAAACCAUGCUGUGUAUCAAGGAUUCUUAAUUAGAAAGCUUCCCGGGAACAUGACCUUCAGACAGUGGAGCAGGAGACUGGAAAUUCACUAUUUCUUGCCCCUGAAACUGAUCACCUUGUUCUUUCCUUGCUCUAUUUUUGUGGUCUCAAUCGCACUGUUGAUUAAUUCUCUGAGGAGACACACUGGGAGAAUGCGACUCAGCGCCCACAGCCCACAGGACCCCAGUGCCCAGGCUCACACCAGAGCUCUGAAGUCGCUCAUCUCCUUCCUCAUUCUUUAUGCUCUGUCCUUCGGGUCCCUGAUCAUUGAUGCUGCGGGUUUCUUCUCCUCAAAGAGUGACUGGUACUGGCCGUGGCAGAUUGUAAUGUACCUGUGUACAUCUGUCCAUCCGUUUUUCCUCAUCCUCAGCAACCUCAGGCUUCGAGGGGUGUACCGACAGCUCCUGCUGUUGGCCAGGGGCUUCUGGGUGGCUUCCCAGAAGUGA